AUGAAAAAUACAAUAAAAUAUAUUUGUUUGCUUGAUUCAAAAAAUGCACCUAUAAUUUGUAGGAAUUAUGAAAAUUUUGAUGAAGCUUUUAUAGAGUUGAUUAUUAAUACAUAAUGUGAUUUAAUUGAACUUGCAUAUCAAAUAUCUCCAAAUAAUGGUUUUAUGGGUUAAAUAGGAAUUUUAAAUGAAUUAAAAAUAUUUGGAUUCAUGAGUAUGACAGAAAAUAAGAUUAUAAUGAUAUGUACAAAAGAAGAAAAGAGACCAAAGGAUAUAUUAAAAUAGAUCUAUGAUUUAUAUAGAUCUUAUAUUUUGAAUCCUUUUUUUGAUGAAAAGAAUCUCUAAGAUUUAUUGAAAAAAAUUGAUGAUUGUAUUACUGCAUAUAAUAAUAAUGAUGAGUGAG